AUGGACCGCACCGCUGUCCCCGCAGCACCUCCCUCAAUUUCUAGGCACGGCCGUCACUCACGCCGUCGGGCGCCUGAAGACACCAAUCACGCUAAUCAAUCGGCUAUCCGAGCACACGGACGGGACGAUUCUGUCGCGCCCGCCUCCCCCGAAGUCAUCUCCUCCCUAAUAACCAGUCUAUCCGUGAUAUCGCGGCCAGCCAAUGCCCAUUUCGACCUCCCCCUCGACCUCCUACAAGCCUCCUCACCCGCCAGCCCCAAAUCGCCAACCGGACAUCGGAACGGUUCCUUCGGUGUCACCUACGGAGCACCCAACCAACCUACCCUCGCCGACUUGCGAGAGGAAGACGCCGCCUUCGACGACCUUGCGGCCCUCCCCCCGACCAUCAAGACUGCGAAACCUCCGAGCGGGUUCUCUCCCCUGACAGCGCCCAAGUCGCCCGAACGACGCGAGAGUGGUGGAUUGCGGAGCUUUCUCAGUGGGAGGUCCUCCUCGCGCCCGUCGUCGAGAGGCUCAUGCGCAUCCAAGGAUGCUGAUGUCCGCAGCAUCGGCAAUCUUUCUGUCGAGCGCGGAUUGUCUCCCGUCUCGUCUCCAGAAGUAAAGAGAAAGCGGUCAUACGAUAGCUGGGGCAAAAAGUCUACAGUCCGAUCUCAAAAGGGAUUGAUGUAUAUGAGCUCCAAAGAGCGAUUGAGAGAUAACGAGGACAGGAAAAGAGCAGCCUCGGGAACCGGGGGAAGUACCAGCGACGGGCUGGAUGCGAGCGCCAUGGCACGUACGACAAGCCCACGAAUCGGUCCAUUCCUAGCGGGAACGUCCAUCACGGAAGAGCCAGCCUGGAGCAUCGACGACCCACUCUCGAAACCAAAAACUGGCGCGGAUGGGUCUACUUCGCCCACGCGUCGAUCGAUACCCCUUAGAGACUCGAGUCUGCAGAAGACAGGCUCAAAUGCGAAGCGGUCGUCAGUGCGGAACAGCCGGUCAUCGAAACGCGACAGCGAUCAUGGAGCGAUUCCGGAAGAGGACUACUUCGGCAGACCUGACAAGGGGAAGGGAAAGAGUACAGAUAUACCGCAACAGAGGAACAGCUUCCGGAAAGACCGCGCGAGCUCCAGGGAACCAAGACCAAGUAGGAGAGAUCCGGGACCAGAGGGAUUUCUAGACCCUUCACGGGCGGCAAAGGCCAAGGGGAGCCAGUUUAUGGAUCACUAUGUCACAGACACCGAAGUCGAUAUCGACGACGGGGCUCCGUCUCCCAAUAUUGCGCAAGGAAAAAGACGAGAUCGGGAGGUCAGCAGCGAUCGGACUAGUCGCAGACGAUCUGGUCGGAGCACACCAGAACUGCGCGUAAAACGGAGCAGCUCAAGAUUGAAGCGAUUGUCCGGUCCUUUGUCGCCACGACCAGAUGACAAGCCCCGAGAUUCAAAUGGCGAAUCAGCGGCAGUAUCCUACGAGCGGCCACCUUCGGCGGACAGCAUUGAUGACUCAGUUGAGGCGUACUUGCGCUCGCCGCGUCUGAGCCAGAAGAUCCGCCAUCCGCAAACAGGCCGGGUGAUUAGCUUCAGCGAAGUUGGGGAUUCUGAGGGCAGCGCAGUGUUCUGCUGUGUCGGCAUGGGCUUGACCAGGUACAUCACGGCGUUCUACGAUGAGCUCGCGGUAACUCUGAAGCUGCGUUUGAUCACCCCUGACCGGCCUGGUGUUGGGGACAGCGAGGCGUACGCAGACGGGAAUGCUACGCCUCUGGGCUGGCCUGAUGAUGUGUACGCAAUAUGCCAAGCCCUCCGAAUCACCAAAUUCUCCAUUCUCGCACACUCUGCGGGUGCGAUCUAUGCGCUGGCGACAGCUCUUCGAAUGCCCCAACACAUCCGGGGCCGGAUACACUUACUGGCACCAUGGAUUCCCCCAUCGCAGAUGUCAGUCUUCGGCGCUUCCGCCCAAACGCCUUUACCGCCUACCAAUGCUAUACCCACGUCUCAGAGGAUAUUGCGAGCGCUGCCAACACCGAUUCUCAAGGCAGCGAAUUCCAGUUUCAUGACAGCGACAAGCAGUAGUAUCACGAGCAGUCUUCCCAGACAGAAGCGAGCGAAACGAAAGCCGAGCGGUAAUAAUAAGGACACGUCGGCAUCAAGAGCCAGCGAUCGGCCGAUGCUUGACAAGGAAAAUCACAACGGCGGGAAAUUAUCAGGUGACCAUCCCAUGCUAACCCGGGAGAUGUUUGCCUCCGAGGAAAUGGACCAGAUCCGCCCACAAGGAGCCAGUCCAACCGGAAACCUAUCGCCAAUCGCGGCUGCUGCGGCAAACGACACGUUUGGCGGAAUCGGCUCCGGGAUUGGAGGCAGCAGCGGGAAAGGCCAUCGCAACAGCAAACAGGAUGCCGUCAUUGCAGCCGCUGAGUCCGCGAUGGCAGAUAAAGAGAGGCAGGAGACCUACGAUUCGCGCCUCACGCAGGCCAUCUGGGAGCUUGCGACCACGGGCGCCAACCCCGCUGUGGAUCUGCUAGUCUGUCUGGAGCGCCGACAUACCAUCGGCUUCCGUUACGUCGACAUCACGAGGCCGGUGGUGAUCCACCAUGGCAGUCGGGACACGCGCGUGCCCGUCGAAAACGUCAAGUGGCUGGGCAAGACGAUGAAGCGGUGCGAAGUGCGGGUCCUCGAGGGCGAGGGUCACGGGCUCAUGGCGUCUGCGGGAUGCAUGGGCGGGAUCCUUAUGGAGAUCUCCAAGGAGUGGGAGGACUGGAUGAGGGUCACCGGGGCCACAGCACGCAAGGAAGAGAAGAAAAAGGCCGUGGUGAGGUGA